GAACCCACGUGUGGAUACCCUCGACAGAACAAGAGCUAAAGUGGGGCUAAAGUGACAUGUUCUUGAAUCAGGAAUAAUACUGUCCUCCAAGCAAGUGAGAUUAUAAAUACGACCUCGGAUAUGCCGAAAGUGAAGAAGUCAAGAGGUGGAGGAGGGGAGAACAGUGGUGGAACGGUGGCUCUGGCCGACCAGAUUCUUCAGGGGGAUAUGGUGCGAAUGCAUGGCCGGGUAAAGAGUAGAGAUCGUAAACAAGAGAACGAAGAUGAGUAUGUGGAUGAGCGAUUGUCGCGAAAGAUUCUUGAACAGGCGCGGAUACAACAAGAAGAACUCCAGACGGAGUUUGGUGUGACACCAGAGGCUAAGAAAAAGCCGUCCACCGUCUUAGGACCUGACACGCAGGAUGGAGACUCAGACGAAGAGUGGCCAGCUUUGGGAGCUGGUGAGGAAGAAAUGGGUGGAGGGACCGAGGUGGAGGUGGAUCCUGACGAUGAGAAAGCCAUUGAGAUGUUCAUGAACAAAAAUCCACCAAUGAGGCGAACAUUGGCUGACAUCAUCAUGGAGAAGAUUACAGAGAAGCAGACAGAGGUGGGAACAGUGAUGUCAGAGGUGUCUGGCCGGCCUAUGCCACAGCUGGAUCCAAGAGUCAUUGAGGUGUACCGGGGUGUGCACAAGGUUCUUUCAAAAUAUCGCAGUGGAAAACUUCCCAAGGCUUUCAAGAUCAUCCCAGCACUGUCAAACUGGGAACAAAUUCUCUAUCUCACAGAACCAGAGACCUGGACUGCCGCUGCUAUGUAUCAGGCCACAAGGAUCUUCUCAUCCAAUCUGAAGGAGCGUAUGGCCCAGCGGUUUUAUAAUUUGGUGCUGCUGCCUCGAAUUCGAGAUGACAUUGCAGAGUACAAACGACUAAAUUUUCAUCUUUACAGCGCACUCAAAAAAGCUCUUUUUAAACCUGGGGCAUGGUUUAAAGGGAUUCUGAUUCCUUUGUGUGAGUCAGGGACCUGCACUCUAAGAGAAGCCAUCAUCAUUGGCAGCAUCCUUACCAAAUGCUCCAUUCCUGUUCUGCACUCCAGUGCUGCUGUGCUGAAGCUUGCAGAGAUGGAGUAUAACGGAGCCAACAGCAUCUUCCUGCGACUGUUGCUGGACAAAAAGUACGCACUGCCCUUCCGUGUCCUGGACGCCCUCAUAGCCCAUUUUCUGUCUUUCCGGAACGAGAAACGGACACUCCCAGUGCUGUGGCACCAGAGCCUGCUCACCCUGGCCCAGCGUUAUAAGGCUGAUCUGGCUUCCGAGCAGAAAGCAGCACUGCUCGAACUGCUCAAGAUUCAAACGCACCCCCAGAUUUCGGCAGAGAUUCGGCGAGAGCUUCAAAACGCUGAGUCUAGGGACGUUGAGGUGGCCACUCCUGCCAUGUCAAUGGACUGAGUGUUGACUGAGUGCUACGGGUGUUCGUUGUCCUCAGAUAACCGAGCUGAAAGCCGAUGUAUUCAACAAAUUUCUAUACAGAUUCUGACACCAGCUUCAGACGAACCUAACCUGUGUUCUUUCACCCAUUUUUUUCUGUUGCCCACUGGUGUCUAAAACAUGGUUCCCAAUAGCAGUCUGGUCACAUUAAUUUUAGGAAUAAAUGAAAUUCCUUUGAUCAUUUAAGUUUGAGCAGGAUUACGGAUAGAGUGCAUUAGCACUGCCCUACCAGUCAAAAGUGGGUUAUUAAAAUGAUGUAUGUUUGUACAUCAUAAAAACGUACUCAAAUGUUCUUUUUCCCCCUCAAUAAACAGGAUAAGACACUUGGUUGCAUCUUGUUGCGCCUAUAAAGCAAUACUGAAAAAAGCCAUUCUUGCACAGCUGAAUUGAGAACUGUUGGUAAUGGGUAACUCAUGUCAUGCUACAGGUGUGUCUGUAUUAAUUCGACUUUAAUGUGUGGUU